AUGAACAGGUGGCUUAACAGAAUCAAUAUGCUGACUGCGGGAUAUGCAGAAAGAGAGAGGAUUAAGCAAGAACAAGAUUACUGGAGUGAGAGUGACAAGGAAGAAGCAGAUACUCCAUCAACACCCAAACAGGACAGCCCUCCACCACCCUACGAUACAUACCCACGGCCUCCCUCUAUGAGUUGUGCCAGUCCUUACGUGGAAGCAAAACACAGCCGGCUCUCGUCCACUGAGACCUCCCAGUCACAGUCCUCCCAUGAGGAGUUUCGCCAGGAAGUGACCGGGAACAGUGCGGUGUCCCCCAUUCGCAAGACAGCCAGUCAGCGCCGCUCCUGGCAGGAUUUAAUCGAGACGCCCCUGACAAGCUCAGGAUUACACUAUCUUCAGACUCUGCCCCUGGAGGAUUCUGUCUUCUCCGACUCCGCGGCCAUCUCCCCAGAGCACAGGCGACAGUCCACUCUUCCAACUCAGAAGUGCCACCUACAGGAUCACUAUGGGCCGUACCCUUUGGCCGAGAGCGAGAGGAUGCAAGUGUUAAAUGGAAAUGGAGGCAAGCCUCGAAGUUUUACUCUGCCUCGAGAUAGCGGGUUCAACCACUGCUGUCUGAACGCACCGGUUAGUGCCUGUGACCCGCAGGAUGACGUGCAGCCCACAGAGGUGGAGGAAGAGGAGGAGGAGGAGGAGGAGGAAGGGGAGGCAGCAGGGGAAAACAUAGGAGGCAAAAUUUACCAAGAAAUUAAAAAUAAGAAGCAUCAGAUGAACUACCACUAUUCUCACUUAAUUUACACAUUUAUUAGCGUGGUCUUAGAAAUCUAA